AUGCGUUUCACCAUCACCGUCCUCUUCACCCUGAUCACCGGCUUCGCCGCCAGCGAGACCCUUGACCUCUCUGGCAAGUGUGACGCCCACAACGGUGUCUACACCUGGGACUGCAACAUCAACCAGGAGAACACUGCUGCACUCACCUGCAACUCCCGCCUCAGCGGUGGUGGCUCAUACUGCUCCGACUGCGUGAGGCUCGACACCCCUGGCUUCUUCGAGUGCUCUUGCAUUGGCAACAACUGCCCGUAA